AUGCACUUCACUACCAGCUUUGUCACUCUUGUUGCCCUGGCAGGUGUUUAUGCCUUGCCUGGCUCUGGUAUUGAGGCACGCCAGGCUCAGCCCAGAAUCCUUACCAUCGGAUGGUUCACCAACUCGCAGUGCAGCGGCGCGCCGGCUGGGCAGACUACUGUGACACAGGCUCCCAGCCAAUGUGUUGCGAUCAGCGAGCCGGCACAAGCCACCAACCUUCGCGUUUUGUUUAGCAAUGCUACUGCCAUAGCGCGCAUCUUCAACACCGAGGCAUGCGACGCCAGUGCCCCAGGCGAGCAGAGCUUCGACAUCAUUCCUGGUGUGGACCAAGGAUGUUCGGCCUUUAGUGGUGCUAAAUCACUUAAAUGGGCCCCCUUCUAG